AUGGCUGAACAUCAAGAAGAUGUCACCGAUCGAGGCACCACAACGGUGGUCCACGAAAAAGACGAAGAAUAUGGUGCCGCGAUCGACACCCUGAAAGGCGCUCAACGAGCAACAGAAGAUGAACACGGCAUGACCCUUCGAGAGGGUAUUCGCAAAUAUCCCAAAGCCGUGUUCUGGUCAGUAUGGUUUUCCCUCGCCCUGAUCAUGGAGGGAUUCGACCAUGCCUUCGUCACCGGUUUCUUCUCCUUCCCGGCCUUCCAAGAGCGAUAUGGAAAACUUCAAAGUGAUGGCACAUACCAAAUUCCCGCCAAUUUGCAAUCCGGUAUUAGCAAUGGUGUGAGUGCCGGUGAAAUUGUCGGUCUAUUGAUCAAUGGAUACGUCGCCGACUUGAUUGGAUACCGAUGGGUCAUGAUGGUUUGUUUAUUCCUUAUGACUGCGUUUAUCUUCCUUCAAUUCUUCGCAACCAGCAUCUACAUGUAUAUGGGCGCUGAAAUUCUUCUUGGUGUUCCAUGGGGUGUGUUCCAAACUCUGUCGACUACCUACGCUGCCGAAGUCUGUCCCAAUGUUCUCCGACCAUACCUUACAAUGCUGGUCUCGUUGUGCUGGAGUGUUGGAUACCUCCUCGGAACCGGUGUUCUGCGUGGCUUCUUGAACUCAAGUGGAGAAUGGGCUUAUCGUAUCCCCUUUGCUCUCCAAUGGGCUCUACCUCUUCCCUCGCUAUCGUCUCCCUGGUGGCUUACUCGCAAAGGACGCACACAGGAUGUCCGCAAAGUCCUUCAUCGUCUACGAUCAACGGAUAGUUCAGAGUCAGAUAUCGAUGACACAGUUGCUAUGAUGGAACACACGGUGAAAAUUGAGAAUGAGAUGCAUUCAUCCAGCACCUAUUGGGAUUUAUUCAAGGGUGUUGAUUUACGCCGAACUGAGAUCACAGUAUUUGUCUAUCUUAUCCAAGAGCUAUGUGCUCCAUUGGUCUCCUACAUAGUUUACUUUUUGGAGCAAGCCGGUCUGACCUCCUCGGUCUCAUUUGACUUCGGUAUGGGCGAGUAUUCCCUCGCCAUCAUGGGUGUUUUUAUUGCAUGGUUCCUGGUUCCGAGAACUGGUCGUCGCACAUUGUUGUUGACUGGUACUGGAUUCAUCACCUUGACUACAUUCCUCAUCGGCUUCCUUGGCAUUCCAAGUAUCACCACCCACCCAAACAUUGGAUAUGGAAUUGGUAGCAUCCUGCUGAUCCAAUAUUUUGUCCUUUUCAUCACAAUUGGUCCUAUCAUCUAUACAAUUGUCACAGAGAUCCCAUCCAACCAUCUUCGCACGAAGAGUGUUGCUCUUGCGCGUGCGGUUUAUAAUGUCGGGGCUCUUAUUUAUGGUCAACUCAUGCCACGCAUGAUCCAAAAAGCCGCUUGGGACUGGGGUGCGAAGAGUGGCUUUCUCUGUGGAGGUGUCAUGGCUAUUAGUUUUGUUUGGGCUUAUUUCCGUCUUCCUGAGACUAAGAAUCGGACUUUUGCUGAGAUGGAUAUUCUCUUCAAGAAUAACGUCAACGCAAGAGACUUUGAGAAGAAAAAGGUUGAUAUUGUUACGGAGACUGUGUCGGAAGAGUAA